AUGGCUACUCAACGGCGCUCCGUCGACAAGCACGAGGUCGAGGUCCUCGGGCAUCGCCCUUCGACAGAGGCUCAUCUCGAGAAGGUGCCAGAGGCCAUCGACGUGAAUGGCUUCCGCGUGUUUGGACUCAGCCCCGAGGACGCCGACUUCUACACCAACUACCCGCCAGAAAAGCGGAAGAAAGUGUUUCACAAGGUUGACGUCCGUCUCAUCCCGAUGCUGGCUCUACUUUACCUGAUCUGCCACAUUGACCGCGCCAACAUCGGCAAUGCCAAGAUCGAGGGCAUGGUGGAGGACCUGGGCAUGACGGGCGUGCAGUACAACACCGUCCUGUCCAUCUUCUUUGUCCCCUACGUCCUGUUCGAAGUGCCCAGCAACAUCGUCCUGAAGAAGUUCAAGCGUCCCUCGCAUUACCUCGGCGGCCUUACUCUCGCUUGGGGCAUCGUCAUGACGUGUACGGGCUUGGUGCGAAACUUUGCGGGCCUGAUGGUCACGCGUGUGCUUCUCGGAAUCUUUGAGCCGAGGCACUCGAGUGAGACUGGUCGCCGAGCGGGGUCGGCCCGAGGAAGUGGGUCUGCUCCGUGUGGCAUUCGGAAGGCCGGCGCCGUGGCUUCCCCGGACGAGCUACACCACCACGACCAUUUCACCACCAUCUAUAGACCAAAAGCGCUGACACUUGAAACCCCCAGGGCCGGAUUCUUCCCCGGUGCCAUCUACCUGACGUCCUUCUGGUACGAGCCCAAGGACCUGUCGACCCGAAUCUCGUACUUUUACUGCGCGAGCGCCAUGUCCGGCGCCUUCUCCGGCCUCCUCGCCGCGGGCAUCGCCGAGAUGGACGGCGUCUCAGGACUCGAGGGUUGGAGAUGGAUUUUCAUCCUAGAGGGCCUUGCAACGAUCGCCAUCGGCGUCGCCUGCUUCUUCUUCCUCGUCGACACGCCGGCCCUCUCGAAACGGUGGCUCGAGCCCGAGGAGAUCCGGUACCUGGAGCUCUCCAUCUUCAUCAAGCAGGGCGGCGGCUCGCGCGAGGAGAGCGGCGCCGGCGGGCGCGUCAACUGGAGGGACCUCAGGAUGAACCUGACCAACUGGCGGAUCUACGUGCAGGCGUACUUCCUCGUAUGCCAGUCGGCGCUGUCGUACGGCAUCAAGUUCACGCUGCCGACCAUCACCAAGUCCAUGGGCUUCGCCAACACGCAGGCGCAGCUCCUCUCGGCGCCGCCCUACGUCGCUGCCGCCAUCUCGGCCAUCUCGUUCGCCAAGGUCUCGGACCGCUUCUUCUGGCGCAUGCCGUUCCUGGUGACGCCGCUCGGCAUCGUCGCGGUCGCGUACUCCAUCAUCCUGUCGCUGAACGGCGAGCUCGAGGCCAAGAAGGGCGUGGCGUACUUCGCCGUCGUGCUCGCCGUCGUCGGCAUCUACCCCAUCCAGGCGGCAGCGGCCUCGUGGAACGCCAACAACAUCGCGCCGGCCUCGCGGCGGGCCAUCGGCAUCGCGCUCAUGAACUGCGUCGGCAACGUCGGCGGCAUCGUCGGCAGCUUCAUGUACCUGGAGAAGGAGAAGCCCAAGUACCACACCGGCUUCGGCCUCAGCUUGGCGUUCGGAGGCAGCGGGCUGAUCGUCGCGCUGCUGCUCGAGUGGAGCUACAAGGUGGCCAACGCACGCAAGGCGCGGAUGGCCGACGAGGCCAAGGCCAAGUACACCGAGGAGGAGCUGUUCAACAUGGGAGAUCGGUCGCCGCUGUUCACGUAUGUGCUUUGA